CCUGCUGACCCCCUGCCCCCUCCUCGACAGACCAAGAACCAGAAGCGGGCGCGGGCGGCUGCCCAGCAGCGGGCCCAGGAGCAGUUUGCCUCCGUCCCUCACUCCUUCGUCUUCCACCGCGGGCGCGUGGGCCGGAGCCUGCAGCAGCUCAUCCUGGACGUGCGGCGGGUGAUGGAGCCGUUCACAGCCAGCACCCUGCAGGUGCGGAAGAAGAACUCGCUGAAGGAUUUUGUGGCCGUGGCAGGGCCCCUGGGUGUGACGCACUUCCUGGUCUUCACCAAAUCCCCCACCAAUGUCAACUUCAAACUCGUCCGUCUCCCGGGAGGCCCAACACUGACCUUCAAAGUGACGCAGUACUCGCUCAUCAAGGACGUGGUGUCCUCCUUGAAGCGCCACCGCAUGCAUGAGCAGCAGUUCACACACCACCCGCUGCUGGUGCUCAACAACUUCGGCCUGCAGCAGAUGCACAUCAAGCUGAUGGCCACCAUGUUCCAGAACAUGUUCCCCUCCAUCAAUGUGCACAAGGUGAACCUCAAUGCUAUCAAGCGGUGCCUGCUGAUCAGCUACAAUGCGCACUCCCAGCUCCUGGACUUCCGGCACUACAGCCUGAAGGUGGUGCCUGUGGGGGCGAGCAAAGGUCUCAAGAAGCUGCUGCAGGAGAAGUUCCCCAACAUGAGCCGGCUGGAGGACAUCAGUGAGCUGCUGGCCAAGAUGGCUGUUACAGGGCCUGCGGGGCAGGGGGCCUGCAAUGCUUCCUUCAACGCCUUUCAGGAGCACAUGUGGCCAGUGCUGACGGUGGAGUUCUUCCUGGCCUUUGGGGGCAACGCCUUCGCCAUCUACCGCUUCGUCGCGCAUGAGCGCUCCUGGCACACGGGCAUCGUCUACUCCUUCAACCUGGCCGUCAGCGACCUGCUCUACGCCCUCUCCCUGCCCUUCCUGGCUGCCUACUAUUACCCGCCCAAGCACUGGCGCUACGGCCUGGCCCUCUGCAAGCUGGAGCGCUUCCUCUUCAGCUGCAACCUGUACGGCAGCAUCUUCUUCCUCACCUGCAUCAGCGUGAACCGCUACCUGGGCAUCGUGCACCCGCUGCUGGUGCACGGGCGGCUGGAGCCGCGCCACGCCAAGCUGCUGAGCGGCGCCACCUGGCUGCUGGUGGCUGGCCUCUCCGCCCCCACCCUGCACUUCUCAGCGCUGCAGCCCCGGGGGAACUGCACCGAGUGCCUGGGCAGUGCCACGGACGAGCAGCUGCCCCAGUACCUGCCCUACAGCCUCUUCCUGGCGGCCGUCGGCUGCGGGUUGCCCUUCCUGCUCACGCUCCUCUCCUAUGCCGCCAUCCUCCGCACCGUCUGCCGCAACCCCCACAUCACGCGGCUGGAGAAGCGCAAGGUGGGGAGGCUGGUGAGCGUGGGGGUGGCCCUGUACGCUGUCUCCUACCUGCCCUACCACACCCUGCGCAACCUCAACCUGCACCUGCGCCAGCGGUAUCUGCAGGACGGGCACCUGAACUUCCAGCAUGCGCUGCCCAUCCACUCUGCCUACCAGCUCAGCAAGAUCCUGGUCACCCUCAACAUCUGCGCCCACCCGCUGCUCUACAGCGCCCUGGCAGACAGCAUGCGGGGCUGGUGCCGGGCCCCCCACGGGCAGGACAGGGACCAGCCCGCCGAGAACAUGAAGCUCCAGGUCCAGGGCUGACACUGGGGAUGCAACCAGCCUCCCACCCACCCCCUUUGUGCUGCCGGCACAUGGGACUGGCUCUGCCCCCUGCAGCCCAGGCCAGACCAUGCAGGGGGUAACAGCAGCUGCUCCAGCUGCCUGACCCAACCUGCCCCAAACUCGGGGGGGGAGGGGGGAGGAGCUCCUCCCUCCUCAGCUAGAAGCCAACCCCCACUCCCCCCGAGCAAGGGCUGCUUGUGAGACACCCCCGUUACCGCAGCGGGGGCUUGGCUCUUGCGAGACCAGCCAUUAAAG